AUGCCUGUAUCCAAACGGGCAAAAAUCGUCCAUGAGUCAAAAGUCACCAAGAAAUCCCACAAAGAACAGACUCGCCGGCUGCACGCCAACGUACAGGAGGCUGUGUCGAAAUAUGAUUACCUCUUUGUGUUUUCAGUAGAUAAUAUGCGAAACACAUACUUGAAAGAUGUACGAACGGAAUUCUCCAACGAUGGACGCCUUUUUUUCGGCAAAACCAAAGUAAUGGCUGUCGCCCUGGGGACUUCCCCUGAAACAGCUUUUGCUCCAAAUCUCGAAAAACUCUCCCCUUUCCUCUCUGGCGCCGUGGGUCUCCUUUUCACCACCCGCUCCCCGCAAUCCGUUCUUGACUACUUCUCCUCAUUCCACCCCAUGGAUUUCGCUCGUGCCGGGAAUAUAUCGCCACGCUCGUUCACAAUCCCGUCAGGAAUCGUAUACGCUCACGGGGGCGAAAUCCCAGCUGAUCACGAUGAACCACUGAGCCAUACAGUUGAACCAACCUUGCGCAAGCUCGGCGUUCCCACGCGACUAGUGAGAGGCAAGGUGACCUUAGAAAUGGAAGGAGGCUACCAAGUAUGCAAAGCCGGAGACACACUGGAUUCUAAGCAGACUACUUUACUUAAAAUAUUUGGAAUUACGGUUGCAGAGUUCAACGUUGAGAUGAAGGCUCAAUGGACCAGGGAGACGGGCGAAGUAAAAACUUUCCAGAAAGACGAGAAUAUGGAGGUCGACAACUAA